CCCCCAGCUCCAGCCUCUCUCACUCUGGACCCGAACACAGCGCAUCCCCGGCUCAUCCUGUCUGAGGACCGGACCAGUGUGAGACUCGGAGACAAACCACAGCCGCUCCCUGACUCCCCGGAGAGAUUUUAUCCCUGGCUCAGUGUCCUGGGAUCAGAGGGAUUCACAUCAGGGAGACAUUACUGGGAGGUGGAGGUGGGGGUGAAGACCGAGUGGAAUCUGGGAGUGGUCCGGGAGUCUGUGGAGAGGAAAGGGGGGAUCCGCCAGCGGGAGGAGACCGGAUUCUGGAUUGUGGCGCUGAUUCCCGGAAAAGGUUAUUUUGCCUCCACCUGCCCCUCAGUGACCCCCUUCUCCCCGAGUGGGAAUCCCCGGAAGAUCGGGGUUUUCCUGGACUAUGAGGGUGGUCAGGUGUCAUUUUACAAGGCGGACACCAUGUCCCAUCUCCACACUUUCACCCACACUUUCUCUGACAGGAUCUUUCCCUACUUCAAUCUGGGACGGAAUAUUGACGGGAAAAACUGCGGCCCGCUGUCAAUCUGCGGGAUUAAAGGACACUGA